GUCUCAUGUGGAGUAUCCCGGGAAGCAGAUUGGUUUUGACGCAGUGGAAUUUCUGCUUAUUUUUCCAGGCAUUUACUUUUCUUGACCGCCUCGACAUCAAUCAUCCAAAUCACCUCAGAUUUGUUGUUUCUCACUUUUGUUUUAUCCCACUACCUUCUACAUAGGUCCGCUUUAAUCUGUUUCGAUCAACUGUGGCGCUUAUAGGUCUUAGAACAUUGCACAGGUGGCUGCCGACUGUGCGCUGUCGGAUCUACAUGGAUGAAUAAUCAACAGUUGGGGGGUCUACUCGGGUUUUUUCCCUCUGUGGGGGGGCUUUACAAAGUUGCAGUCAGGACCAAGCUGCUCUAGGAGGAGGUGGUGAGGAUGGCAGUGGCGCUGGAAGAAGUGUGGGGGCGGGUCAAGAAUGUCUGCAAGCAGAAUGGUCUACUCAUCCUGUCUGUGCUUGCUGUCGUAGUUGGCUGCUUGCUUGGCUUCUUCCUAAGAGGCAAGCAGCUCUCCGUACAGGAAGUCAAGUAUUUUCAGUUUCCUGGAGAACUGCUAAUGAGGAUGUUAAAAAUGCUCAUCCUGCCACUCGUCGUUUCCAGUUUGAUGUCAGGUUUGGCUGCCCUGGAUGCCAAAUGUUCCAGCCGACUGGGCAUCAUGACCAUCUCCUACUACCUCUGGACCACCUUUGUUGCUGUAGUGGUGGGCAUUAUCAUGGUGUAUAUCAUCCACCCUGGAGGAGCUGCUCAGAAGGAGGACUCCGAAGAGAGCAAAAAGCCAAUGACCAGCUCUGCCGACGCUCUGCUAGAUCUCAUUCGCAACAUGUUUCCAGCAAACUUGGUUCAAGCUACAUUUCAACAGUAUCGAACACAGAGAUUCCCCGAAUAUAUCCCUAAACCAACAGUGGCUCAGCUCUUGGAUGAGACCACCACUCGGAGGGUCUACAUCUACGGCAUACAGGACGACAACGGAACCGACGUUCAGAACUUUUCGCUGGACCUCACGCCGCCACCGGAUGUCAUCAUGAAGACAGCGGCGGGUACCAGCGAAGGCAUGAAUGUGCUGGGCAUUGUCAUUUUCUCUGCAACUAUGGGGAUCAUGUUGGGAAGAAUGGGGCCAAAUGGAAGCGCCUUGGUCAACUUCUGUCAGAGUUUGAAUGAAGCUGUUCUCAAGAUCGUUGCCAUUGUCAUCUGGUAUUUCCCUUUUGGUAUUGUCUUCCUGGUGGCCGGGAAGAUCUUGGAAAUGGACGAUCCAUCCGCAAUGGGGAAGAAGCUGGGCUUUUAUGCCAUCACAGUAGUAAUGGGCUUGGUGCUACAUGGUCUCUUUAUCUUGCCAGCCAUGUAUUUCUUUAUCACAAAGAAGAGUCCUAUUGUUUACAUCAGAGGAAUUCUACAGGCACUACUUAUUUCCUUAGCUACAUCUUCAAGCUCUGCCACUCUGCCUAUCACCUUCAAGUGCCUCUUAGAAAAUAACCACAUUGACAGACGCAUUAUUCGCUUUGUGCUGCCUGUGGGGGCCACCAUCAACAUGGACGGCACCGCCCUUUACGAAGCUGUGGCAGCCAUCUUUAUUGCCCAAGUCAAUAACUACGAACUCGACUUCGGACAAAUAAUCACGAUUAGUAUUACUGCAACAGCAGCUAGUAUUGGUGCAGCCGGAAUCCCACAAGCUGGACUUGUUACCAUGGUGAUUGUGCUGACAUCUGUGGGUCUGCCUACCGAUGACAUUUCUCUCAUCAUUGCUGUUGACUGGGCUUUGGAUCGAUUCAGGACCAUGGUCAAUGUAAUGGGCGACGCCUUGGCCACAGGUAUCAUGGCUCACAUCUGCAGAAAAGACUUCAUUAAAGAAGGCGAACAGGUCCCUCUAAUCUGCGAGACGAAACCCAUGAUCAGCAUCCAACAGAUGAUGAGCUACCAGAACCAGAAGAACGGCUGCUACCCACCGCCUCCUCCGGGUGGCAAGCAUGACCACCUUUCCCCGGAUGUGGCUCGCCUGAUCCAGCUGGAGGAAGGCAUUCGACCAUUGGAGAAGAAGAAACACGCUCACUCUUCGCACCACAAGAGAGGCCACAGAGACAAGGAUCACUGUUCCAUUGAUAUGAACGGUCUGGAGACUAAUGUGUAGAGAAGCGAUCCAAGUGGCCAUCUGAGCACUCAGCCGCUGCCCCGGCAGGAGAGGACCGGCAUGUUCCUUUAAUGACGUGGGUGAGGUCACAUGCAUCUCCCGGCUUAAAAAACAGAGGCAGGAAACAAACGAAUACGGAUCAAAUAGAAAACAAAGACUUUUUUUUGGUGGUUUAUUUCUUGUUUUUUUUUACCGUAUUUUAAUGAUGACCUAUAUAUUUGUGAGUGUACAUACUGAACAUGGAUCAGGCCAGAUGAUACCAGUUCAAGGUUUGUUUGCGUGCUUGCUUGCUUUCUUCAAGGCUAGACCCUUGAGAUACAUUAUCUCCGUUUAUCAAGGUUUUAACAGAACAUAAGGGGAAGGAAGGGAACACAGUAUAUCAGAAAUGAUUAUAAAAAAAUAACCCCAUCCUUCUGUGGACUGUGGAUACUUAAUCCACUAGCAUCAGCUACAAAGUAUAUUGUAUUGACCUGUUUUGGUAUCAGAUAGUAUAUUUUCAAAUGGACUUUUUCUAUAUUUUAAACAUGAAUUCAUGAACAUUGUUUCAAUUCUGAAGUGCACAUCCAGUAUAAUAAACAAAACUGUUUCCGGAAGAGUACUGUGCAAUCUUCUUAUGCAGACAGACACUAACCUCUUAAAAUCACGUGGACGUGGAAUGAUCACCACAAACUCUCCCGUAUCAAAUGGGUUGGAAGUCCAUUGGUGUCAAUGGCAACUAAUGAGCUAAAACGCAAUCUGAGGAAAAAAGUAGACUUGCACAUUUCCACGUUACUGCUGGGCACUAACACAGUUUAGCUGGCACCAAGACAACAGCAACAAGAACCAACAAUCACUGUAUAUAUAAUUGAAUCCUUCAUAAGUGACUAUUUUUGUCGGUUUAUUAUUAGAAAAUAAACGUUAUUAUGAGUUAAAAUAAUUUGAUAUUGAAACCCCCUUGAUGUUUUCAUUUUUAUAUCAUUUUUAAAAUUAGUUUAACUCAUAGAGUCGUGGGUCGCCAUUGCUGUUGACGUCGCAGGACGAUGACGUCACAUGGUUACGCUGCCGAGCUUCCAGAACUUGUCAUCUGUUCAACCCUCUAAUUUGAACCCGACAGGAGCAUUAAUGAGCAUUACAGCACUGUCGAUAUUUUACAAGACGAGCAGCAAAGGAACAAUGAACAGGAAAGACGGGAUGAGACGUGACAAGACCUUUCACCUUGUUUUGUUUAGAUGCAUACAGACAGAAUAUACUAAAGCAGCCUUAAGAAAAUGUUUAAACGUAGUCAUAUCAAAUAAGGGUGGUUUAGAUAUGCUACGCGACUAAUGUGGUCAACAGAUCAACAAUCUGCUUUACAGCCACCACAAGAAAACACUAUGUGUAAAAGUAUGAGAGGGGAACACAUGCAAAAAGUAUUUUGAGGCAAUGAAAAGGUAAAAAAAAGACUUAACAAAAACACAAAUAGUAAGUACUCGCCGCUUUUAACCGAUGAGCGCAUGUGUUGGACAUCUCGCUGUGUAGAAAGAAUUGCCGUAACCCCGCAGUAUUCAGCAAGUGGCAGUGACUAUCCACUAAGGGCGUAGGUUUGCAUUGGGACAGUAGGGAAAAACACAAGCAACUUUUUAGGAUGCUCAAAUAGUCCCCAUCAACUUUUAAGCAACCUUAUUUGCAUCAUAUAACGGAUUCAGUUAUAUAGGUCAUUUAGAUUGUCCCCCCAUAUGUUUUAAUUGUUGUAACUGACCCCACCAUUAUCAAGCAAACUAUUUUCAGUGUGUUCAGACUUACAUGUACCUCUUUUCAAUGGCUGAAUGUGCCGGUCCAUUUUUUUUCCCCUCCUAAACGCACAUUUGAUUGGCUGAUGCCUUGACCCCCCCUCCCACACAUACACACACAGGGAUAUUAGGUAGGGAUAUUAGAAUUUUUUUUUCCCAGCCAGCCGCUGCAACUGUAAGAAGUGUAAAAAUACGUCAAUUUUCCAGCCAGUAGCUGCCACUGUAAGAAAUGUAAAAAUACGUCAAUGUUGUGGAAGUGGGGAACACACCACUAAUUUUGCUAGUGAAAAUCUGACCUGCAUCAGAGUUAGCAUAACAUUAAACUGUUUGAACUUGCUAACCUGCAAAACCUGUUAUUUGUAGGUAUCUGCUUAGAGAGAAGAAUUCUCCUUUAUGUGUUUUCUACUGUUAACAUUAAUUAAACUGUGAAAUGUAGUGAACGGUUUUACCCCAUUCACCCCAAUUUUACUUUUAAUUUUAUUUGCUUGGUCUUGAAGCAACCCACAGGAGCUUUCUUUUUUUUUUUUUUUUCGGGAUGGGGGCGGGGGGACUGUGCUUGUGGACAAAAGCAGUAGUGUUUUACCUGAAGGAAGGCUCAAUUUUUAUUCAAACGCUUUGUUAAAAGUUUUUU